CGUGGUCACGGAAGCCGCCCACAAAAGAGGAAAUCGAUGAUGCAGUGCUCAAAGGAAAAGCUGCUUUAAAGGAACUGAUAAAAGUCGAAAAUCUUCGGAAGCCACUGAAGAGAGACGACCCCGCCAAUAAGGCGCAGAGAGCAGCGGCCACCGGGGGUGACGUCAAACCACUUGCUGAUGCUGCCUAUGCUGCUGAGCACACCACCAAAGCCCUGUUUACAGAGAUAAGCACCAAUGGUAGUAUUGGAGUUGGCCCACUCAUCAACGGCACCUUCUCCCAGCCGCUAUACUGCGUUGACAGUCCACCGCCCUGUCCAACUUCGAAGUAUAGAGCUCAAGAUGGCAGCUGUAACAAUUUAAAAAAUCCUUACAAAUUUGGCGUCUCUCGGAUCCCGUUCAGAAGAGUUCUUCCUCCAGAUUAUGCUGACGGCAUAAGUGCCCCUCGCACGGGUGUCAACGGCACAACUCUGCCGAGUGCGCGCGACGUCAGCGUGACCGUCCACAGACCAAGCUAUGCUCACGACUCUGAGUUCACUGUCAUGCUGGCCGUGUGGGGACAAUUCGUAGACCACGACAUUACUGCCACUGCUCUUAGCAAAGGUCAGAACAGCAGUGCGCUGUCGUGCUGCGACCCCUCCCAGCCGCCGCACCCAGAAUGCUUCCCGGUCCAGUUGGACGUGGAAGAUCCGUUCUACGAUGCGUUCAACGUCACCUGCAUGGAGUUCGUCAGAUCUGCUCCAGCACUCACUUGUAAUUACGGUCCCCGUGAGCAGCUGAACCAAGCCACAGCCUUUAUCGAUGGCUCCACGGUCUACGGGUAUACGGCUGCCAGAGCCGGCCAGCUCCGAAACGGUACUGGUGGAACUCUGAGGAUGCUGAGGGUCGGGAGUAGAGAUCUCCUUCCUCCUUCCACUGAUCCAAAUGACGGCUGUAAUACGGUUGAGAUGAGCGCUAAAGGACGCUAUUGUUUUGAAUCAGGCGACGACCGCGCCAACGAGAAUCUCCACUUGACGACCAUGCACCUGAUCUGGGCGCGACAGCACAACCGCGUGGCGACGCUACUGCGCAUCUACAACCCCACCUGGACCGAUGAGAUCGUCUUCCAGGAGACCAGGAAAAUUAUUGGGGCACAGAUGCAGCACAUCACUUAUUCUGAGUUCUUGCCUUCGAUAUUAGGUGAGGACGUAAUGUGGGCUCUGAACCUGACCGUGCAGGACAGCGGCUACUCUGACAUGUACGACCCGACCGUGGACCCCUCCGUCGCCAACCAUUUCUCUGCAGCCGCCUUCAGAUUCGCCCACACACUCCUGCCUGGCUUAAUUCACAACGUCGAAGCGAACAACGGAACAGUGAACUACAUCCAGCUCCACCAGAUGCUGUUCAACCCUUACACGCUGUACAACGACAAGGGAAGCAAGAACGCCGUCAAGUCAGCCAUGGACACCCUCGUGCACGCGGUCGAUCCUCAUGUUACCAGCGAGUUGAGCAAUCACCUGUUCGAGAACCCGGCGGUGGCGAGCGGCAACGCGACGACACCGGCGCGGCCCUUCGGCCCCUGCGGCCUGGACCUGGUGUCGCUGAACAUCCAGCGCGGCAGGGACCACGGCCUGCCCUCCUACCCGCACUGGAGGGAGCACUGCGGCCUCUCCAGACCGCGCAGCUUCAGUGAUCUAAGUGACAUCUUCGAUGAAACUUCCAUGAGCAGAAUCGACAAGAUUUACAAUAACGUGGAGGACAUAGAUCUGUACACGGGCGCUUUGGCCGAGGAUCCUAAGGGUCGACUCCUGGGACCCACUCUCACCUGUCUCAUCGCAGACCAGUUCUUGAGGCUGAAGAUCGGAGACCGUUUCUGGUAUGAGACCUCUGACACGGUUGUCGGCUUCACCGCCGAACAAUUGACGGAAAUACGGAAGACGACUCUGGCGGGCGUGAUCUGCGCCAACGAGGCCCUGCUGGAUGUGGCCCAGCCGCGCGUCAUGGAGGCCGUCAGCGCCACCAACCCGCUCGUGGACUGCAUGGAACUCCCGCAGCCCAGCUUCAAGCCCUGGGCCGACGGAACCAACACCAAAACCGACAAACCCGGCAAGAAGAAGAAAGGGAAGUAGUGUAUACACCACCAUGUAACAAUUCGGGUUACUACGAUAAGAAAUAUAUUAUAGAUGUAUAAGCUAAGCAAGUACAAACCAAUGAAAACAAAUCAUGCUCUAUUCAAAGUUGCCUAACACCUUGACGCUUUCGACCCUGGUCUGCGCUUCCGGAGAUGGCUUGUGGUAAUGACAGCGUCUGUUUUUAAACCAGAAGUAUCUUAAAGUCGACAGCAAUCCAGUCUACCAGUUCGAAGAAUCAUCUAACAUUUCGUGAACAUUUUGCAUUUUAUUUCAAUUUAGUUGAAAAUUGUUUUCCAUGACCGCCUUUUACAUGAUUAAUCAUUAAUUAAUAAUAAUUCGGUAAAUGAAGUGCUUUUUACAUUAAUAAUUUAAAAAUAAAUUUUGAUUAAAAGACCUAAUCAUUGGAACGUCAUGGCAAUUAAAUUAUUGAUAUUUUUUUGCUAAAACAAGUCUACGUCAAACCAAUUUCAUUACAAAAAUGUAAUGUUACCAAUGCCACUGUUAUUAUUAUUCAAUUCUAAGUAUUGCAUUUAAUAAUGACUAAGUAAUAUUUUAUUAUUGUCUGUUGUAGUACCAAGUUUGAUGUAAUCAUUGAUGUAGGGUUUUUAUAUAUCAAUGAAUGUAAUUAUGUAUUAUCUGUUAAUAUUAUUGUGUUAUUGUUUAUUAAA